AUGCGCGAGGCUUGCCUCAGGAUAAUUUUCCGACUGUACUCAGAUGCGGAGGACACUCCGAUGACAAUCGAAGAUCUGGCUAAUGAAUGUGAGAAUUUUACCGCAUUGAAAAUGGACAACACGGACAUGGAAGGAACACACGACAUCCAUGCUGCGUGGAAGAAAAAGUUGGAUACAGGCGCUGAUAUAACUUUGCUAUCACGCCGAGCUCAAAAGAGAAUUGGCACUUAUCCUGGAACUUUGCAUCAUACCUGUGAAAACCGCAGACGGAACUCCAAUGGAGAUCGAUGGCCGGCUUACAAGGAGUUAAAGAACAAGUACCACUACGGGAAGGUGACUCGAGAAGAAGAAUUUUGA